AUGGAAGAAGCUCAUCUGGAGCAGCAGCUGGCAGUGCUGCAGCAGCAGAGCGAGGAGGAGCGUCAGGCCUCCAGGAGGGAGCUGAUGAAGCUCAGGGACCAUCUUCAGCGGGUCUGCGAGGAGAGAGAUGAAGCUCGCACAGAAGUGCAGAAGCUCGGGGAGACAGUGGAGGUCGCUGCUGCUGCCAAGAUGGAUGUCGCUUUGGCUGCUGAGGAGCUGAAAAUUGUCAAAGUAGAGAUGAGUCAGAAACUGAUGGAGAUGGAGGAUCAGAUGAGACAGGAGUCGGCCCGCUCAGCUGAAGCCACGAAAUCUCACAGCGAGCUCCUCCAGCGGCUCGAGGAGAUGGAGCGCGCGGCGGAGACGGAGAGGAGACAGGCUCUGAUGCUGCAGUCCGAUUGCCAGGCCUUGCGUGUGAAGGUCCGCAGCAGCCGGCAGCAACUGGAUGAAGAAGAAGACAGAGGCAGACAGCUGGAGGAGCGCUGUCAGCGGCUCAAACAGCACACAGCAAUGAAGGACUCGCUGGUGACUGAGCUGAGAGGUGAACUGAAAAAUGUGCACCUGGCCCUGCAGAGGCAGCAGACAGAAAACAGUAAACUCCAGACGGAGAGCAGAGAGCUGCGAUCUGCUGCGGACAGAGUCCAGAUGUUGAAUGAGCAGCUGCAAAGUCAGUGUUCCCAGCUCACUGCUGCCCUGCGUUCACUAUCAGUGGAGAAUGAAAAGCAGCAGGCCAGCUUAAAGGCAGAGAGGAGUUGUGUGGACCUGCUGCAGGAGGCAGCCAGACGCGACAUCCAGACUGACCUGCAGGUGGCGCUAACAGAUAAAGUAAACCUGCAGCUGGAGCUAGAGAAGCUCAAAGGGGAACAUGCAGAGCUCCUGCAGAGCUCCUUCACUGCACCGGAGACGGCGGCCGCUCAGAGGGAACUACUGGAGCGAACCAUUGAGAGGCUGCGGGGGGAGCUGAGCACGGCCAAAAAAGCAGAGCGGGCAAUGAGGAAAGACCUCGAGGGUUCAAAAAAUGAGUUAUGUCUUGUGGUCACUAAGUUGGAGGGAGAGAGGAGCAACCUGAAGACCCAGCUCAGGGAGGCCCAGGAUGCACUGCAGAUGUUGGACCAGAAGUUGAAGGACUUAACUGACAAGAACAAGCCAACCAAUGAGAAAGGACAUCUUAAGAUCGGUGAGCUGGAGGCCGUGCAGAGUGUGUGUGGUCCUGCAGGGAGCGUCGUCAGUCAAAACCUUGAAAACCUCGCGGCCUCUCAUACCGGACUCCAACUCAAGAGUCAGACGCUGCAGCGGGAGCUGGCCACCCUCAAGACGGACCGGCUGCAGGCUCAGAGAGAAAUCAGGAAACACCAAGAAGAGGUGGAGAAACUCCAGCGUCUCCUGACAUCGACUCACUCCAAGAACAACAGAGCUCUGCAGUCCUUGCAGAAGGCCUCAGAUAACGCCAAAGUGGACAACAGGAGGCUGGCUCACAGUUUGGAGCAGGCUUUGUUGACCAACAGCAGUUUACAGCACAAACUGGAGCAGGCCAGAGACCAGUACCAGGCCACCAUCACACUGAGGGAGGAGGAGCUGCGCGAGGCUCGCACACAGAUUUGUCAUCUGUCGGAGGAGCUGGGCGCUGUGAGACGACAAACACGGGACGACUAUGAAUCUUCCAUAAAGACACUGCAUCGAGAAAUCUCAGAGCUAAAACACACAGUUAAGGACUCAUCAUCUGGGUCCGGUGACCUGUCCAAGACCAAUCGGGAGCUCCGCCUUCAGGUGUCAGAGCUGGAGCGGCUCGUAUCCAAACAGAAAGCCUGUGUCAGAGAGCACAGGAGGCAGCUGAGGCAGCAACGCAAGAGCAGAGAUUUACAGGACGACUCUCAGAAAGUUGAGGACCCUCAGGACAUCAGGGGACGGCCUACUGAGCGUCCCAAGAGUCAGAAUUAA